GCUGAGCCGAGGGUGUCAGUGUGCCACUCCCGCUUCCUUUGCCUUGGUGUACUUUGCACAGGUCACCAACCUCAUUUUAACCGUUUUGUUCUCUAUCUGAUUUUAUGUGGUCUGAACAGAUUCAGCUAGAGGAAGUGCUGUGUUCCAAGUUUUUAAGAAAAGGAAACGAGUUGUUUUACAUUUCUUUUUUCUGCAAGCAACAAACUCCUUUGACUGGAUCGCUGCCUUUCACCCGAGAUGAAGCUCCUUUACACACAAGAAGGAAAAUAUAUAUGUUUGACCUAAAAUCUAUCAUCAUCAUGAUCAUUUUUUAAAUGUGGAACGUGACAGCCGGAUAUUCUGCACUUAAUCUCGGGAUUCUCUCCACCCUUACUGUGGGACUUCAGAGCAGCUGAUAUCAUAGAAGCACGGCCUACGUACAGCAAUCAUGCCUAACAGAGUCAUUCUGGUAACCUACCUGGUUUUGACCCUGGAUGUCACUUUUCUGUUUGUUCAGUUUUCAAUUACCCCGUAUUUGGCGAAACGUUUGGGCUUUGACACAGUUUGGUAUGGAUAUCUACAAACCUCAGUUGGGAUCAUUCAGCUUUUGGGUGGACCUCUGUUUGGCAGAAUUGCCGAUCUCCUCGGUGCCCGCUUUGCCUUGGCACUCUCCAGCCUGUCCAUGACUGUGUAUUAUUUGAUCCUUGGAUCUUCUACCAAUGCUUUACUGCUUUUCCUGUCCAAACUGCCUGCCAUAUUCAUGCAUGGCCUGCCUGGUGCUCAGAUGGUAGUGACAGACCAGACUGAUCCACAGCAGCGGGCUGAUGUCUUGGGCAAGCUUGGCCUGUUCUUUGGAGUGGGGAUGAUAGCUGGCUCAUCACUUGGAGGCAUCCUUAGCACCAGAUACGGGGAGUCAUUUGCUGCCUUUGCAGCCGCAGCAGGGAGUCUUCUCAACGCCCUUGUGGUAAUGAAAUUAAUUCCCAAACACACCAAGAGGCAGACUCCUGAGGAAAGCUCCCCGGGCAGGGGCCGAUCUGUUUUCAACUUACAUGAGAUAAUGGGCUUGAUGAAGCAUCCCGGGGUUAUCAAGAUUUUCACAAUCAAGAUCAUUUCAGGAAUCCCUACAGGAGUCUUCCAGGUUAUGUUCUCCAUUAUCACCAUGGACUUCUUCCAGCUGACAGCUGAGCAGACAGGAUACCUUCUGUCUUACUUUGGCAUUGUGCAGAUGGUUAUCCAGGGAGGUGUCAUCGGAAAUCUGACAAGCAAGUAUUCAGAAGGAAUGUUGCUUCUCCUGGCCGUUGGCAUGCUGAGCAUUGUCGGUUUGGCUCAGGCCUUGAUGGUAAACGUGUUUCAGUUCUGUGUCAUCAUCAUCCCCAUGAUGCUUUCUCUCUCUACUUUCAACAUUGUCACCGACACCAUGCUAACCAAGAGCGUCCCGGCAUCAGACACAGGUACGAUGUUGGGAUUGUGUGCUUCUGUCCAGGCUCUGGUUCGCACCGUGGGUCCAUCGAUUGGAGCCUUUUUAUAUCAGAACUAUGGAGUUUCGUCCAUUGGUUACAUCCAGUGUGUGGUCAGUGCUGUGCUCUUCUUGAACCUCCUCAACAACAACAUUGGGCAAAGGAAAGAGCAUCAAUGACUGUAGGGGGACGAUGGUUAAAAGACACGGUCUUGACAACCAGAAAGAUAAAAAUUCACUUCUCAAAGCCAGACAUGUCAGGGAUGUUCAUCUCUCUCUCUCUCUGUUAAGUUAAUCAUUUUAUUGACUUUAAACUGCCAUUUCUGUUCCAGUUCCAAAGAAGGUUAAAAUUAGUGGACUUGGUGAUUAUAGGCCAUUUCACUCAGACAAUGGUACCUACGGAAACCUUUGAGUUCUUCAUUUUGGCCCACCUCAGGUCCAUUACUGAUCGCUUCCUUGAUCCCUUUGACUAAACAGCAAACCAUUCAGUUGAAGAUACACUUCACUGGUGACUCCAUCACAUUCCUAAACAUCUUGAUUCUCCUAAUGCAUAUGUUAGGGUCUUGUUCGUGGAUUUCAGUACUUCCUUCAACGCUAUAGUCCCAGAAUUUCUUUAGAAGCUAACUUUCUAUUUGUA